GCGUUCCUACUUUUGUGUUAAAAUUCGGAAAUAAUUGACCAUUACUUGAUUGAGCGCGUUACGCUUCAAGGUGUUCUUUCCGAUUUAUAGUGCAUGGCUUUAACAGCGUGCGUGUCUUCUCUCUGCUCUUUAAUCCAUUAAAUCAAUGGCCUCAAACAGUCGUAAUGGCAGAGGAGGGAGAUGAUACCCGAUCAGCACAAAAGCCUUCUCUGCCUCUGCCAACUCGAUUGCAAUCCACAAUAGAAGCUCACAAAGGACCGGUUCAUAUUGCACAAUUCAAUACUUCCGGUAAAUAUUUCCUUACAGGUGGAACGGAUAGACAGAUUCAUCUAUUCAAUGCAACAUCAACCACAGAAGACAUAAAGCCGAUCAAAACGUAUUCUGCCCAUUCCGGUACGAUAUUAGGAAUAAGUAUAGCAAAGGAUAACGCCAGCUUUGUUUCAGGUGGUCAAGAUCGAAAUGUAUUGGUUUGGGAUGUCGCAACAGGUUCGAUCAUAAGAAGGUUUUCCGCUCAUACAGGUAGCAUUCAUUCUGUAAAUCAUUGUGGCGCAAGUUCACAACAAACACAACCUGCGCCUGAAGAUGUCGUCUUGACAGCAGGCGAAGAUGGCUUUGUACGAUUUUUUGAUUUACGUGCAAGAGGUGCUUGGAAACCGAUAAUGGAAUGCAAAAAUGCAAAAGAUACAAUCUUGACAACUGCUGCUUAUCAAUCUUGUAUUUGGACAGGUUCUGUGGAUGGCGUUGUGAGAAAGUAUGACAUCCGGGCUGGAAAACUUCAAGAAGAUACAAUCGAUCGACCAAUCACUUCUAUCACGCCUACUAAGAAUGGAUCUUCUUUGCUGGUUUCUGUCCUUGCUUCUUCUACUCAAUCUCAAACAGCUUCACAUAUCAUUACAGACGUUGGCGAUGGAUCGCAUUUGCAGACAGUACAGGGUGGCCCGAACAUACAGUACCGAUGCAAAUCAUCGUUCUGGGCAAAUGACUCUACAAUCAUUGCUGGUGAUGAGACUGGAAAGAUAGCAGCGUGGGAUGUGCUAGAGGGAAGUGAGUAUUUCAAAGAUGCACAGCUGCCCUCUUGGGAAAAAGCACACUCCAAAGCAGUACUGUGGACAGAAUGUACUGCUCAAGACGGCGGUCGGAUGAUCACUACUUCGGCUGACGGGACGGUAAAGAUAUGGUCGUGCAAUUAAAUGAAUCGAUAAUUGAUGUAAAGUACUG